AUGGUCAGCCAGUUGAAGAGCAAGUUAUCCCGUAGCUCGGCUAAUUUGAGUGAAAUUGGAAGUAAAGGGCGCUCCAAACGCUCGAGUCCUGAUGGCAGUCGAUGUGACCAAGAUUGCAGAGGCAGUGCCAUAUCAUCCAAAUCCAAGAGUGGUGGUGUACGACGGAAAAUUUCUUCAGUCUUUUCGCAUUUUCGACACAACAGAAAGUCGAAAGAUAAUCCUGAUGGUUUCCAGAGUUGUAUUGAUUUACGACAACUUAUGCCGUUGAAUGAACCAGCCGUUGAUGAAACCCUACCAACCAGGUUUCAGGACAGUAGACAAAUUGCUCGGAACUGCGAGAAUGCUCUCGAACCAAAUACUCAGUAUUCAGGUAAUUCUGUGAAAGAAGAGUGGGGAUUGCCGUCAACACAACCACAGCCCACUUCAAUGACACCAGCACCGAAUCCCAAAUCAAAUGGAAGCACAGCUGCUUACGGUCUCCAUCCAGAAGAAGGUCCUGGAAAGGCCAAAGAUGAUAUGACUAAACGAGAAUUGAUUGAGUUGACGUCCAUACUGGAACAACGGUUGCUUACAACUCGUACGGAACUUGUUCGCGCUAAUAUGGAGCAAAAUCAGCUGAGUGCUCGAGUUGAGGAACUUAAUUCAGAACUGACUCAAACUCGAUUACAACUUUCAACUCUUCGAAGUCGACUUCUUGAAGACAAUUUGACGCAAUAUUUGGAAGUCACUAUAAUAGAAGAUUCUUCAGUUGUACCCCCUCCUCGUAAUGAUCAUCCGACAACCUUCCAAUCACCUAAUCCAAAUUCUCCUGGUCCUACCCCAAGAAGUCCAGAAAAUUCAUUCUUGAGUAAAGCGAAAGCUAUUGCAACGCGAUCGUUUGGGGGUGGCAUUUUGUCGAAUGCUACUUCACAACCGAACCUUAGUUCCACCAUAUUCAAUGGUCAGAACUCUUUUUCUUCUCCUUCUCCUCCUAGAAACGGUUUUUCGGUAUUUGCGAGCAGAAAAUCUUUGAAGCGAAAAUUGAGAUCUGAGAAUGAUGAAGAAGAGGAUUUUAUAGGGCCUAAGAAGAAGUUCCCGAUUGAAAGUGAAGGUGGUGUAAAUGGAGCUACUCAAAGGUAUUCUAAUUAUCCUCUUGUUCGGCGGAGAUCUAAUUCUGGAGACCGAGAACGCCUCCAUGUUUUCACAGCAACCUUACUCAGGAUUGAAUCAUCUCCCGCCCAAGUUGCGUUUAUUGAAGUGAAGUGGAAGAGUCAUCUAAAAGAGAUCGCAAUUCUCCAAAGCAUGGGUUGCUAUGGUUACUCGUUUGAAAAUGGAGGAAAAAUUCAACCAGAUAGUUUACCAACUAAGCUCUUCUUUUUCGAUUCAGAGAUUUUUUUUCUUUAUCAUGAAUUGGGCGUAUUGAGGAUAGCGAUCCCGAGAAGUUUAAUUACGAAUCCCAAAGAAAAGAGACCUAUCAAUCAUCUUUGGGAUAUUCUCACGGCCUCAAAUAAUUUGAACUUAGAGCAACCUCUCACACCGUUUCCUCUUCGAUAUGCCGCUUAUGUGUAUUAUAGAUCCAGAGGUUGGAUAGUGCGACCUUCACUCUCUUUGGGUGGGGUUGAUUUUCUUCUUUAUGCUGAGUCGCCAGAUUUGCGCCAUGCUGCAUUUGCAGUUGUUGUGGUUCCCGGUUUAACCAAUCGCAGUAUCUGUGACAUUACCGCCCAUUUACGGGUAGCGUCUUCUGUUGCCAAGAAGUUGAUUAUUGCCAAAGUUCUUCCACCAGAGAACUAUCAAACCGAACUCAAACCUUGGAAACGAAUAAAAGAUUAUUCAAUUGAAGAGACACUGGUAUCUCGACCAGAUAUUGUUUAA